CUUGGCUAGAUAACGUUACAUAGCCUAACGGUUUAUCCUCAACACACCAGAAUGGCAGACGGUGAUAACAAAAGCACAAACAUGCUGGCUAGGGAUACGGCCCAGCUGGAGGAGCAGCUACAGGGAUGGGGAGAAGUGAUCCUGGCUGCGGAUCACGUCCUGCACUGGCAGAAGCCUUGGUUUCCCGGGGCCUUGAUAGGGGCCACAACUGUGCUCUUCACGAUGGUGUAUUACCUGGACCCGUCAGUGCUGACUGGAGUCUCCUGCUCUGUGAUGAUCCUGUGUCUGGCUGACUACUUGGUGCCCAUCCUUGCUCCCAGGAUUUUCAGCUCCAGCAAGUGGACCACUGAGCAGCAGCAGCGCUUCCAUGAGAUCUGCGGGAACUUGGUCAAGACUCAGCGCCGUGUGGUGGGCUGGUGGAAGCGCAUCCUCGCCCUCAAGGAGGAGAGACCCAAAAUGUACUUCCUGUCUAUGAUCAGCAGUCUAGUGGUGAUGGCAUGGAUUGGGCAGCAGGUCCAUAACCUAUUCCUGACCUAUCUGAUUGUGUCAUUCCUCUUGCUUCUGCCUGGUCUAAACCAGCAUGGCAUCAUCUCCAAGUAUGCGGGCAUGGCCAAGAGGGAGAUCAACAAACUGCUCAAACAGAAGGAGAAGAAGAACGAGUGAAAAUACGGUGGGGGAAAAAACAAGGAGAGAGCAAAGAGCACCCCUUUAAAUCCCUGCGAGAAUUUUAUCAUUUGAAAAGACACCUGCAAGGACUCUGCUACUCUCUGGUGCCCAUCCACAACGUCAGCUGGGUUAAGGGUGCUGCACGAAUGUUCACAUGAACACAGUUGUCAUGGUGGGGUUCUCCUUCACCUGAGGAUUUUGAUUGUUAAAACAGUGACGUGGACAACAUUCUGUUUUUUCAGACAUUGAUUAACCAUAUAAAGAUACAACCCCAUCUGUCUCUCUCUCUCUCACACACACACACAUAUACACACAAGAUAUGUACACAUGCAUACGUGAAUCUUCUUUGUUACAGCUGCUUUGCUCAAAUACUACUUGAGAGCAUUGGUUGUUGCUGUCAGUCCAUUCCAAAUGCUGAAUACAAAGAAAUGCAAUCAUUCAUUCAUAAUAUAAUAUAAUUCCUCCACACACACAACAUUCAUCCCUAAAGAAAGUGAAAUGGAUAAUCCAUUAGUAUUAGCAUGUACAGAUUUUCUAAAGGGAUGGGUUGUCCUGCUUGCUUUUACUUUUUGGGCCUGAAAAAAAUCACAUUUCCAUACAACUAUCGGCCAAUACAAUGCUGUCCUUUUUUUUUCUCCAAUGUUGUUAAUAUUGCACUGAAAUUGUUUGGCAAAAACUGGAUUUACCCAGAAAAAUGAAACUACUCUCUGGUACCAUGUUUGCCAUAUUGUCAUGUGAAGUGUUAAACCUGCUGUAUUUGUUCAUUUAGAUUUGUACUUGAUGAUCUACAUACUGGUUGUCCAGCUCUAGCGCCACUUGGAUUGGCUUGGAAUGACCUCUGUAAAUACUCCUGUCCUCUUUGCUCUUUUCGUGUGUAUCUGUAUGUAUACUUCAGUUUUGGCUAGGCUUAACCCCCGACCACUUCUCUCCAUCGUGUUCUUUCCUUUCUGGUUUCUGUAUCAGUAAUAAAGUCUGUUCUGAAGAAAACAGCAGGCAUUAGUACCUUCAUGCAUAUAAAGGAACUACAUUAAAAAUUAAAUUUGUACAUUUUGAAGGCCUUGGCAUCGCCUUGUAACAUUACACACAUUGUGUCAAUAUGUGACAGAGUGAUAAUGAAAAGCUGUGAAAUGCUGAUUGUUGCCCCACCUGGCAGGUCAUUCACAUGUAACUCAGUGUUGUUUGUGCUACACAAAAAGCUGCCCUUAUUUAUAAACCUUUGCAGAAUGAAAGAUUUUUUUACUGUUGUUGAGCAGCUGGUUCACACAAGCCCUUCCAGAGGAUAUUUGUGGGAAGUCUAGGGCAGGGUCAUCAGUGCAGUCUGGGGAUGCAGUGUUCUGUCUCCCAGUGCUGAAACGUCCACAGCGUCCUGUUUUAGACUGCCAGCAGGCAGGUCUGUUCCUCCCCUGAGAGAGGGCAUGAGGCUAAUGCAGUUCAUAAAUGCAACCCAUGUGAACUUCACAAGGAAUUACACAGCUCAUGCAGGAGUUUGAAGUGCAAGCAUGAAAUGUUCCAAUAC